AAGCGAAGCUUUGGAGGGGAGAAGUUGAAAACAGUAGUAAAGAGUUAACGGCUGUAGAGUCCCCGAGAGUUGCCGCGUGCUUGUAUCCCUGCAGUGAAGAAAAAGGCUGUUGUGGGAAAGAACACGAGCCGUGCGCCCAAAGGGAUGUUGAGUUGAGUUCGAUUUUCUUAAAGACGCGGGCGAUCCCUCGGGCAUGCGGGCAGUGGUUGCGAAGAGCACAGUCGGAAGGGAACGGAGGUUGGCAAAACUUUGGCCACAUGAAGACAUCAGGAAGGGAAGGAAUUGAAUACACAACAUAUUCCAAUCUAUCUCUUUUACCUGGGAAAUCAAAGCUGUUUCCAGAAUUAGCUGGGUGAAGAACAAGGGACUUUAUGCAAUUGGCUGUUUUCUUGAUCCCAGCUCAGAAUUAGAUCUGAAUGAAAUAUGGCGAAAGCUUUGAAAAAGUCAUUUAAGGAUAGUUUGGAAGAUAUAAAAGAACGAAUGAAAGAAAAGAGAAAUAAAAAAUGGGCAAGGCUGGGUAAAGCAAACCAAGUUUUACCUAUUAAAAGUAAAAUUGCAGAUAAUUCUGUGGCACAGUUGAAAAACGUCCAAGCAAACAAUCGUGCUUUAGCUUUGGCUUUAGAAGAAGAGAGGAGUAAAAUGAGGGAAGCACACGAUAUCAUAUUGUGUUUAAAGAAAGAGUAUCAGAGCUUGAAGUUUCAGAAUUUUGACUUACAAAGAAAGCUUAAGUUACAGCAAGAAAAACAACAUGCUGAGAAUGGAUUCAUGGUAGUGAAGAAGAUUAUUUCUAAAGUUGUUCAAGAUCUACUCAGUGCAGCAAAUAUUCUUGAUCCAUUAAAUGUCUCUUCUGCUAAUAUUAAUACAAUUCAGUAUAACUCCAAACCUGAGGAAUGUGCUUCUGGAAGUUUAAAGAAGCCUGAUUCUUUGGCACUUCUAAAGCACAUUCUUGCUGUAGAAGUAGGUAAAGAAGAUGCAGAUGAAAUACAAGAUAAAGUGGAAAAACUUUAUUAUUAUUCAGAUUGUCACUUAAAUUUCUGUGAUGACAUUGAGAAUACAGCUUCAGUGUCUCACACAGAUACAGGUUACCAGAAUUAUUCCUGUGAAGAUCAUCCAGAUCAUGUAAAUUCUGGAAGCAGAAUUAUUUCAGUUGAUGAAGACAAGCAAACUGAUUAUUCUGUAUCUAAAAAUGUUUCUACCCGUCGUCGUUAUUUAAAAAUUAAUUCCCUCAGUGAAGUCUUUGAAUCAGAUGAUGGCACUCCAGCUAUCAGUGCUGAUCUUUCAUGUUCAAAGAAUAAUAAUAAUGAAAAUUCUGAAGAAAUAUCUAUUAGUCAGGAGGACAAGCACAGUGUAAACAUUGAUAAAUGUGAAUCAGAUAUGCAAAUUGAAUCUGAUAAAAGUGAUUCAGAUACACAAAUUGAAAAGGCCACAGCUUUUUCAGAACAAAGUAAUUUUAAUAAUAAUGGUGGCUUUAAAACUAAAAAAGGGAAGGGUCAGAAGAGAAAAUUGGUAACCACAAAAAAUGUGCCCAAGGCAAGAUCCAACAAAGACAAAAACUGCAAUAAGCAUGCCGGACCUAAACAAAAAGCAAAUACAUCCAUUCCUUCCAAUGAUGCUUAUGAUUUUAUUAGUGAAGAAUCUGUUCAUAUAACACCUUUCCGGCAAAACAAACAAAAUGAACAUGUUGAUGACAAAGAGUAUACAAAAGGAGAAAUAUGUAGUGGUGAAUCGUCUGUUUCAGAAGAAGAUCCUAACGAUAGUCUCUAUGUGCCUUACUCAAAAAAAUCAAAAUCCAAUGAAACUUUAAAUACUGGAUCAGAUGUAAUCCCACUACGCACAAAAUUACGAUCCAAGAAAACUGUGCCUGAGCAACAUGAUAUAAAUCCUGAGGGGGAAAACAGGAAUACUAAGAUAUUUGAAUCUUAUUUGGAUGAAUCAUCUGAGGCACUUCAAAAACAUCAUCUCAAUGAUAUUACCAAUGUUGCAUCAACUUCUUACCAAACAAGAAUUUCUUACCUAGCCUUGGGUACCAUAGCAAAAGAUGCUACUCACCAAAGACGUAGAAGUACUAGUUACGUGAGUUAUAAGGAGCCAAGUCUCAGUGGGAAACUUAGAAGAGGAGACCCGUUUACAGAUACCAGCUUUCUGAACUCUCCCAUUUUUAAAGAGAGAAAGAACAACAAAUCCAAAUCUCUUAAUAAAAAGAUGCUGUCCAGAUACAAUGAAGCAUUUGUUGGUUAUUAAGAUACUCAUAGAAUAUCCUUAGCUUCUCAUUAAUAUUAUGCUGAAAGUAUAUUAACUAAAAUUCUGGAGAUGGAGCUUUUUGCAUGUUUCUGAUCUAGAUUUAUGAAUAUUGAUAAUAUUUUAUAUCACACAUCCACUGACUUCCAGAAUGUAUCUAUUCAGAAAGAUGUGAAUAACCUAUUGUCAUUUUAAUAGGAGCUACUUCCUGAACGUGAUAGAAAACAAUAGGUUUGAAAUGCAAUUAUCAUUUAUUUGCUAACAAAUGCAGUUUAUUUUAACAGUCUGUCAUUAGAAAUAAACUAUUGUACUUUCUAAACUAUUAUUUAUAUGUCAUUUAUAAUAAAAACAUGAAUAAUUUUGAUUAAAGGUAAUUUGGUUUAAUUAUCAAUGAUAGUUUCAAUCUCCAUAUUUUUGCAACUAUUCUAACAGUUUGUAAAAAAUAAGCUGAAUAUGUUAACUUGUAGGAUUAUUAGGAAUAAACACCAGUGAAUACUAGUAGUUCUGAAUGAAUGUGAGUUGGCUUAUAUUUCACAGCUAUCCAACUUCCACAUUGUCAUAAGUCUUGUGUGAUGUGAUGUAUCAAGUUAUAUGCUAGUAUUUUUAUUCAGUUAUUUCAAAGCAACUAUUAGUCUUCUAAUAGCACUUACAGCAAAGAGAAAGAUAAGUAGAAACCUAACUGUAUUUACUUUUAGUACAAGAAUUUCAACUAAUAGUUAUAUCCAAAAUUGUUUUUUUUUCUGGUCUUUUGUGUCUUUAGAUUGUAAGCCUAUGGUAUCAGUGAUUUAACUAGUUUUUCUAAGUAGAUAUCUUUUAAGGAAAAUGUAAAAGUCAUAAAUAACAUGUUUUGAUUUCACUUGAAACUUAUAUUAAUCUGUAUGAAAUCUCGAAAUUCCAUUGAAUUUGCUACUGCACAGUGAGUUCCAGUUCUUAUUACCUGAAGGUGUUAUAGUAUACUUACAUUCCAUUUCAUAAAAUGAGGGUACUCUACAAACAAUGAGUAUGUCUGGUAUUUUUAUAUGCAAAUUACAAAAUAGCACACAAGAUCAAUGUUAUACAUAUAAUUUAAAACCAUUUUAUACCAGUACAAUAAAUAAUUUUACAAAUGUAAAAUUUCAGUUAAAGUAUUUAAACACAUACUGUGUAUAACUUUAUUGCACAAUAUCUAUGAAAAUAAUCUUUAAAUUAGGAACCAAAAUGUUCUCAAUAUAGAAGAGACUCUAAUUUCAAGACAAUAAGAAUCUUUGAAAAUAACACUUUCACAGGAUAUCAAGCUUUAGAGGUGACUCUGUUGGCCCAGUUUACAAAAUACAUGAAAAUUACUAUUUAAAUAUUCUAAAACAAAGUUGCAUCAUUGUACCUUAAAUACAAAGCUCAUUCUGGUUUAUAUAAAGCGCUAAGGCAUUUCUAUAUUUCUAUUUUAUCUAUUAUGUACCAUUUCCUUCUAGCAAUGUUCAUCUAAUCUGAAUAAAACAUUACUAUAGGCAUUGUGCCAAAAAACCUCCUUUGUAAUGUCAUUUGUUACCUUCUAUAAGUUUACUAGUGAAAUAUUUCAGCAUGAACAGUGUGUGUUUGUAUGUACAUGUGCAUGUACACACACAUAUACAUACAUAAACAUACUAGGGGUAUUUUACUUUCCCCUCCAGUGUUGAGAUACAUUGUAGAAUUGAGUGGUUAAUGAGUAUGGCUUCCCUAAUAACUAAUGAUAUGAAAUGAAGUUUAUUUCUUAUGUAUAAUGUAAGAAAUAGCUCAAAUAUAUAUGGAAUUAAUAACAAAAUUCAAGUUCCUAAUUUUUAAAAACUGGUAUUAAUCCAAGUAGAAAUUAACAGUGGGAUAAAGCUCUACUCAAAGCUGCUUUUAUAAAUUAUUUUAUCUAUGGCAAGACACAAAAUUAUACUCUAUGUGGCAUUGGGCUGGAUGCAGUCAAAUUUUGAGCUAACCACUAAAAUCUAUCAAUCUUGUUAGUUGUGUCUUCAGAUUUUAGUAUGUUUCCCAUCACUUUAUAAUGCAAAUAUCUAUAGAAAAACUGCAUAUCAGCCUCUAUUACUAAGUGGGAGAUAUUCUCAUCUACACUAAAAUUAGAUAUGGUUUCUUAUCAAUCAGGUAUUACUGAUUCCAUUGCGCAGUUUAGUAUACAUUCUUCAAUGAUGUAUGCUUUAGUUCAGGGGUCUCCAACCUUUUGGAGGAAUCAUACCUCAGGGUCCACCAAAUCCAUAAUUUUAAGUCCCGCUGACCCCUGGGGGGAGGGGAGGCUCAACCGCCUUUGGGCCUACAUGUCUGCUUCUGCAAGACCUCCAGGUGGGAGGCCCAAGAUAAAGCACCUUGUCCCAGGCACACAGCCUGGAAACCUCUUGUGUCCCUUCUCUCAAGACAUUUGGUCAAUCUGAAGGAAAACAAACAUGGACAGACUGACGGUGGCUUGCUGACAUUGGUGGGAAAGUCAGUCCCCAAUUUCAGAGUUGUAGUAGUCACAGGACUGGCCCAUUGGUCAUCCUGAAGCAGCUCCAUCACCCAGGUGUACCAGUUGGUGACCACUGCUUUAGUUGUAUAUGCAUUUAUCAAAAUAUACCCUACUCGGGGGUAAGGUCUAUUUGAGAAUUCAAAUUAUUGUCCAUUCCACCCACUCAUUACAGCACCUACUGUAUUUUUGCAAAAUGGCUUUCAUGCAUAAAGAUCCAUACAAAUCUAUAAAGACAAAGCUAUUGCUAGAUUGGGUUCAAUAGUAGAAAUAGUACUUUUCUAAAUCUACUAAAAGACUAAGCAACAGUUGGGAGCUUAAUACAAAGUCUGAUGUUCUUUUCAGAACUUGACCUAAGUGAAAAUGAUGCUACAUUUUCCUUGAAAUGCAAAUAUUAGGAGCUAAGGUCCAAUCUGA